UUCCCUCCUUGCGCCCAGGCGGCGCCUUGGCGGAUAGACCGUGUCUCUCAUUAGCAAAAGAUGUCUCGACCAGGGAGAUAUAAAAGACAGAAAGAAGGAGAGAAAGGAGGGGGGUUCAAACCGGGCGACAAAAACAACUCAUCCCUUCUUUGUAAACGAACUUGGCUCGAGUCUGCAGACAGUGCGUCAACAAGGCAAGGAGAGACACCAAUUUUAGCGUUAUCAAUUUUGGAUGAUACAGUGGCGCACGCAUUGGGAAUAAUUACAAUUUUAGGCCAACAAUUAUAAAGGAGUAAACUUGGUUUAAACUUGAAGCCAGGACACAUAUAUCAGAAAAGAAACGGCAAUAUGCUUGCAGAGGGCAGGGAAACGCCGGUCGCCAUAGUGGUUGAUAGAAACAGUGGACAUGGAGAUGAGCCAUGCCCGCGCAGCUCAGUCAAUUUGAUUGACCACAGUCGGCGACACCGAACUGCCUUUACCCGCGAACAACUGUCCCGCCUGGAGCAAGAAUACCUCAAGGAGAGCUAUGUUUCUCGACCGAGGAGAUGCGAACUGGCGACAGCACUGAACCUCCCCGAGACCACAAUCAAGGUAUGGUUCCAAAACAGGCGAAUGAAGGACAAGAGGCAGCGGCACUCUCUCAGCUGGCCACACCCCCUGGACCCCAACCUGUGUGCCCUUAUGGUGAGCCAGGCUGCAGCAGGCCUACCUUACCCCUUUCUCCCCCACCUCCCCCUGCACCUCUACUCUCACCUCGGGGUGGGGGCAGGUGCCCCCUCCAUUCCCAGCCCCUUCGCUGCACCCCUCAGGCCACUGGAUCCCUUGCGCCUCUCACACCCCCCCUACCCCAGGCCGGGUGGUCUACCCCCAACAGCUCUCUACCCCCAUUCCAAUGUGAUGCACAAUCCUGCCACUUGCCCCUGCCCCCUCUGCCUCCACUGGGGAUCAGACCAACUGUUCAAAGCCAGAGGGCUGACCGCGAUUGGCCUGAAUCAACCACGCAGUCCCAAAACGAUGGCUACCAGUCUGGACAGGAGGGAAGAGGUGCCUUUGCCCAGAUGAAGUUUCCUGCAGUAGCUACCAGGAAAUUAUGAUAUGAAGUCAAUGGUGGUGACAGUACAUUGAGCACAAUCACACCUCAUGAUCAGAUAAACUGCCCUCCCUGGAGGAGUGCAAUUUGAUCCAGCUUUCCAUGUUGUUGGUGCUCUAGAUUUGCAUGUGUCUGUCUGUAAUAACACAGCUGGGGUUGUUAAUACUGUUUUAUUUAUUCAUGUGAAAUGCAACAACUUUCCAGAUUGAUGACCUUGAAACAUUCCAGCCUAACACUGGGGAUGACCUUGAGGCAAUAAAAAAAAAAAGGUUCCCUUCGUCGUAACUGAAUUUUCUUUAGCUCCAAAAACGAGAAUCUUCAUUCUAACUGCCGAUUCACUAAAAGGCAGAGAAGAUCCAUUAGUAGAAUGUCCAAUUAGACAUUGCAAGUGAAACAAUAUAUAUAAAAAUAUAUAUAUAUCGAAACUUUUCAGUCAUAAAAAUUCACCUAUUUCACUGUUUGCUCUGAUAAUCAAGUAUGAAUCUCAACACCUGAGAAAUGGCUUUACAGAAACUACUGUUGCUCGUGUGUUUUUCUAAUGUUUGCACUAUUCUAUUAUUUUGUCUAGAAUUGAAGAGAAUGCAUACGGUACCAGAAUAUGUGAUGGCGCAAUGUGCACAUAAGAUUUUCUUUUCCACCUUUCGGAAUAUGUGAUGAAAUAUUUGAGUUAAUACAUAUUUAUGAGAAAUCUCUUGUUCAAUAUUUUAAAAGAGCAAAUUGUGAUUGAAUACACUCGUUUGUAUCAACAAUGACCUAUAUUACUCUGUCAAGCAUAC